AUGGACGAAAAGUUGGUCAAAGAUUUGAGCUUUGAAGCCCAUCGGAAGAUGGACGUUCUCCUUCUCCCGUCAAAUCCGGGUCGAGACUGGAAAACGCUCGCGGACAAGAUGGGGUACUCGAUGGAGACCAUCUUGUAUUUUGAAUCAAAGAAAGAUAAAGGCCCUGUGAUGGAAUUGAUUAAAGAUUAUGAGGACAGAGGAAAGACGAUCUCAGAACUAAUAUCCUUUUUGAGUGAAAUGGAACGAUUUGAUUUGAUUCAAGACCUUCAACCAUUUAUAGGUGAGCUUACGUUUUCAUUUAGUAAAACGGUAUCGAUCGAACACCAUCGCGAUGCUCACAUGUAUUUUGGCUAGUAAGAGCUUAUUAUCAGUAUAAUUUGUUUAUCAGGUAAUAUCGUUCCUUUGUCUAACAUUUGAGGUGCAUUUGCAGGUGUUUUUUUAUCGAUUUAAAUGCAAUCUUACAAGUUCCAAGUGCGAGUAUGACGAAGGUUUGAACACUCGUUCAUUGCUUGCAAGCCAGUCAGUUCCGCUUCGCCUUAUCAAUAUUCUUCUUAAUUUUUAUGAUUAUUCCGGUCCGUCUGGCCAAAGUCCAGUCCAAUUUACUCCUUGUUUAAUUGCAACAUCAUUUAACCUUUUAAGUCUCAUUUAAAGAGUCCACUGAUGAACUGUUUUGCAAGCAGAAAUUGUAUAAAACAUUGGCAUGGUGUAAAGACGUUGUGAAUCCUGUGAAAGCCUUCACUAAAAGUCUUAAGAUCGAGUUGCAGUCUGCAGUUUGUUUAUCCCCCGCGAUCUUGGGGAGUCAAAGAGCAAAUGCUCAUCUUCCCGUCUGGACGAGUCAGAGAUUCUUGAAAUCCAGUCCCCAAGUUAACCAUCAUACUAUUAAAUCUGAAAGACUCCUGCAUGUAUUAAAUUUGGUAAGACCUCUAACUGUGCUAUAGAAAAUUAAAUUAUGAAUUAAAAGAAAAAAAAAUUCACUGCUAGGGCUUGAACCCCGUACUGCAUGGUCGUCAGGUACACAAUCAAAGAACUGUGGGGCAGAAGCACAUUGCAGACGCAUGACAAAUGUUUUAAUACAACAAUGUUUCCUCUUAUUUUAAAGCUGUUGCCCCAAAUCGCUUCCAUUUUCUCUGCAAAAUACUUCUGCUGUCAAAAUGAAUCACCAAAAGCAUUUUUUAACUGCUUUUCAAAGCUGCCCACAGACUUAUGGACUUACUCACAACACCAUGACAUAGUGGCUACCGCCUUCCCUAAAUGGAGGCAGUAGCCACAAAAAGGGACGUUGUUGGAGUGACAUGGCCACGCCUACGAGCACUGAAGGCGCCAGCCUCUAAGAUGCUAUUUGCUGCAUUUUGAGAUCACAGUCAAUGGAAAAUAGUGGAGUUUUUCAUGACUUUCUCAUUGAAUAAACUAAAACAUAAGUCAAGUGCAAUGAGAGCGUGCCACGAGUGAACGCAAACCCUUCACAAAGUCAAGGCAAUCCAGUGCACACCCAAAAUUAUUGUAGGCUCAUGUUCGGAUGCCAAAAGGGUAAAAAUGGCUGAGAAACCACGGAAAAAAGAGACUGGUUAAACAAGGAAAAUAUUAUCUUUCUUUGGCUAGGAAGAGUUUCAAAAACCACGAGAAUACUAAGGGAAAACAGGUGGAUGGAAAGGUUGUUUGUUUGAAGAAAGUGAAGUUAGAGUUGGGAUUAAAAAAUGAAAACGCUGGUCAAAUUUAUGGAUAACGAAGAUCUUGUUGUCUCUUGACACACAGCUCUAGUGUCUAGAAGCCGUUUCAAGCCAUUUUCAAGUGUUUUUUAGGGGGGUCUUUGUUUUCUACGUUGGGGUAGGGGGAGGGGGUGUAGAAAAUGAAGACAAAGACCCUGUUCAAAUUUAUUGGUAAAUGAAGAUCUUGUUGUUUCUUACACACCUCAGGUUGAGAUAACCGUUUCUUGCUAUUUAUAAGCGAUUUUUUUUUUUGGCGGGGGGCCUCUUUGUUUUUGGGUCUUAGGUUUUUGUUUUCUACCCACCCUCAUUCCAACACCUUCUAAGUGUUCUUUUAAGAAAGGCAUCUUAACAUUAGACGUGAAAAUGUUGAAGAAAAUAACCUAAGAAUGGCAUGGACCAACUGUAGACUGUUCUAUGUCGGAAGACUGUUUGAAAAACUUCGAUGUCAAACUUCAAUCUCUCUCUUAAAACCUGUGUAAAGUGGUCUGAUAUCCGCCUUUUCUAGCUGCUCAGGGGUAGCUUAUCACUGACUGCAAGUUCAGAAAAACUUGAACACCUGAAAUAUUUAGAACAGGAAAUUGUUGUUUGUGUAGUUUCCUAUCACAAUGAAGAUCAGUACACACAAGCAAAUCACAAAACCAGACACUAAUUCCUUCCUCUGCUGCUUGCAGGUCUCUUUUCUUAGUUUAUUACCUGAUUGCCUUUUUCCUUGCAACACAAUCAUAUAAUUUCCACAUAUAUUUUGGUGUUCAUGAGGUUUUUCUAAUUUUCACAGCAUUAUCUCUCUGUGUGCAUUCACAAUCGUCUGAAAUCAAACGGUACAACUACUGAUGCAUUAGGCUGUGUCUUACUUACAACUAAUUGUUUUUGUAUAUCUGUUACAGGUUAAAUUUAUUUAGCCUAGGUUGAUUCUCAAUUUCCUUUUGUCUUCUAGCCCUAAUUAUUCAUGAAUUAGGAGACAGGAGACAGGAGAUGGGAGACUAGGAGGCAAAGGAUACAGAGAAUCAACCUACUAUACGGGCGACAAAAUUAGUUCAGACACUUUGCCCUAAAAGGCCUUUCUGACAUUUUACUGAUUUUAAAAGGAGCAAAUAAUAAAGCUUUCCUUCCCCUAUCCCCUCCAUGCAAUGUUGUGCCGCUGUUCAAGCCACCUGUAGAGAACAUCAAACUCCCUAACUUUGAAUGGAGGGGAGGGGUAGGGGUGUGGAUUGUUUUGUUCUCUGAAGUUACUCUAUUUGAGUACAGUGUCUCAGCAAUUUUGUCGCCAAUUGUAGGGUAAAAAUUUUAGCCUGAAUUCAACAUAUCCAAGACUGUAACUGUCGUUAAUUGUGUGCGUAACUAUUGAAUAUAAUUUGACAGAUGAAAUUUGAAAGUAGAUAUAGGUUUUUAUUGAUUUCAGAGAUAGAGGUGAUUGCAAAACUAUUUAUUGCAUUAGGAAUCAUUUAUAGUCAAGUUAUUUUUUAAAAGGGUGAUUUAGAAGUGAAUUGUUUUAAUGUACUCCACAAGUUUGGUACAUCCACGUGAAGUGCUUUAUAAUAAUAAUAAUAAUAAUUUACAUUUAUAUAGUGCAAACCUCUAUAUGAAUAUAUUCGGUUGCGCUUUACAAUAUUGUUAUAUUAAAUUUAUGUUAAAGGUGACUAAAGCAUAAGAAACUAUUAAAAACUACAAUAAAAAGUAUUAAAAACUAUAAAUAAAAAUAAUAAUAAUAAAAACCCUAUUAUAAAAGCCAUUUACAAUUAAAUCUAUUUAAAAGCUAAAUUGAAAAAAUGAGUUUUAACAGCAGUCUUAAAAGUGUGCAAUGUCUUCAUGUUGUUAAUUACCGAAGGUAAUGCAUUCCGGAGAUAAGGUGCAGCUGACUGGAAUGCACGAUCGCCAAGAGUUGGAUGGGUCUUAAUGCCUGGUAACUCGAGGAAUAUCCCAGUUCAUUUGACCUUAGAGAGUACCUGGAUUGCUUUUUGAUAGUAAUGAAAUCAAUGAGAUAAUUAGGAGCUUGACCAUAUAAGCACUUAAAAUAAUUUUAAGCUGCUUUUCAUGUUGUAUGUUAUGUCACUGCCCCCAGAUGAUAGAUAUACCAUGAUACACACCUGUCAGUAAACUGGUCUUCAAAUUAUAUCAACUUAGAGACAAACAUGCCAUUAUAUUCUCUGACAUUGUUUCUGUCACUAAAAAGUAACCAGAGUUCAAACUUUGAAUAGCUUGGGAAACCAUCAAAUGAAAGCUUUUUAUUCCAUGACUAAAUAGUUUGUCUAAGAAUUUUUUUAGCCACUGAUACUUAAUAUGUUUCUUAUUAAUAUUCCUGCAUUGUGAUACAACUACAGAAAAGACUCCUACUCCAGUUGAGAGGCAGGAAAGAGAAAAACGGGAAUUUGAGCAGCGUCAAACUCAAGUUGGUAAGUCAUAUAUUUACACUGGCACAAAUAUAGUUAAUGUCUGUUUAUAUGAAUUUUCCAGCAAGCAACAACCAGUUGCAAAAAUGUUGAGACGGCCUUUCUUGCUGCAAAUCGCUGCUAGUCACAGAUCUCUGAGGUAUAACACUCACCACCUCCCUCCCCUCCAUUCAAAGUUGUUCCUUCAUGUUUUGAGCAUGGGCUUGAAUUGCAAGCAACUUUGACAAAGGGAUGAGGAGGGAUCACAAGCACAAGAUCAUGGACAGGCCAUUUAAGCCCAAAUAAGGCACAGUGUUUCAAGUCUUCUUGCAACGGGUUGAAGCUUUGGGGUCUUGGAGAAAAUGGAAGUAGAACUUGCUUCCAUAUUGAGGACUAUGAGUUGCGUUACCUUCGGGUGUUGACACAUUGGUUGAAGUUUCUCUUAAUUGAACUUUGAAAAAUCAGACAUUUGAUAUGGCUAGAUUUUCAAUGCCUCUUUGGUAAUGUAAAACCACAGGUAGUUUGAGUGACUUUUUCAAAUGCAUUUAGAGAUUGUGAGGUUUCUUUGUUAGUGUUAACCAAUUCCCACAUACAAUCACCCAAAAAAUGACCUACCACAAAUUCAUUAUGAUUGAUGAAAAGCUGUCCAAACUGUAAUAAAUUUUCGAAAGAGGAUACAUUAAACGUACAAUCUAUCAGUUAUUAAACAGAAAUUAUUAUUACUAGAUCUCAGUUUCCUUUUUUCCAAUCUAUUCCAUACAGUUAUCAUCCUCAUAGCCCUAAGUCUUGACCUUCAAUCCAUUGCUUUCCCAUUUCUUUUUCAAGGUCUUCACAUUUUGUCUACUGCCACCUGUUUCUGGAUGCCUGACUAAUGUGACUUCAAUUUAGUAAUUCCUGUUAUUACAGUCUCCAAUGCUAUUGGAGGGUGGGGGGGGGAUGGCUUGUACUCCCUAUAAUGGCCUAUAUGAGGAGGCCGGGCCUGAAAGGGGUAACAUUUUCAGGCUUCAGGUAUAUGAAAGAGUAGGGAAUUUAGUAGGUGAACUCUAUGAAAGGGUAGGGAAUUCUGUCAUUUUGGUCUGCAAAAAGGAAGAAACAGGCUAACAGAUGAAUUUUAUGGCUUUAAAAAGUCCAGAAAACUAUCUGGUUUUGUUAUUGAUUUAUAUUUAAAAGACAGUGCGUCUACUGCAGUUGAAGGGUGCAAAAUUCCAAACUAGGUAUGUGAAAGGGGUACCUUUUUUGGUAUAUAAAAGGAUGAGGGGUUUGGCCUUGGGGGGAAGCCUCCCCAUACAAAAUGAUGUUUAGUUCACCCCCUCCCCCCCCCCCCCCCCCCCCCCCCCCCCAAUUUAACUUUUUGUGUUGUUUUCCAAAUUUUUCUUUUGGGCCCCGGCCCCCGCUUUUUUUUAAAAAAAUAUCCCUCCCCCCCCUAAUUAAAACUUUUUUCUAAAAAAUUUUUUCCCACCCUCCUUUUUAUGAAUUUUACCACCAAAAACUCAAUUUUUUAUACACAUGGUAUAUAAAAGGAUGAGGGGUUUGGCCUUGGGGGGAAGCCUCCCCAUACAAAAUGAUGUUUAGUUCACCCCCUCCCCCCCCCCCUCACCCCCACCCCAGCAUAUUCAUCUUUUUGGUUGGUUUACAAUAUUCUUCUUUAGGGCACGGGCCCUCGAUAUUGUUAAUAAAUACAUCGCUACCACUCUAAUGUAAAUCUUUUCCUAGAAAAUUCUUCUCACAUCCUACUAUUAGAGAAUUUAGCCACUAAGAACUAACUUUUAGUGCCAGGGUGUUGGCAAUGUAACAGGGGUUGACAGUAUGUUUUUUGUCCCCUUAAUUUAAUCUGACUUUUCUGACACCAUGUACUGAAAAGAAGAGGAGGUCUUUUUCAUCAAAGUUAAUAAUAUUUUUUUGUUCUUGUUGCAGAAAGGAACAGAGAGAUUAAAACAGGUAAGAUGGUCAUUUACUUCUUUUUCUUUUUAAUAGUUAAUCUUUCAUUAUCUUAGUACUGAUGACACAAAGUAAUAAAACAUACAAACAAAUCAUACUAAUUAAGGGUUAUUUUUCCAUGUCAUUUCCGGAAAAGACAUUUGAAAACUUCUUCUGGGAAUGGUUAUCUACAAAACUGAGAUUUAAGACAAAAAAACUAAACCCCAAAAAGUUAGUCAGGCCCAGUGGAAAACUAAAGUAAAUGUUAAGAAUGUUUAAUGUGUAGCAUAUAUCAGCUCUCAGUUAAGAUUAUAGUUUUGUUCUUUUUUAUUGGCUGCACAAUCCAUCAGUAUACAGGUUUCAGUUUGAUGAAUGUCGUUUCAUCAGAUUUAUUGUUCGUCAAUUUUGUUUUGUUAUAAAAUAGAUAAAGGGUUUCAUUAAAGUAGGGUGCUAGUAUUAUUGAUGAAUUGCCCCUCACUUUGUAAACAUUGAUAAUAAACUUUAUAAUUUGACUGGUGACAAUGAUAUAGAAUUAGAUUGGAUAGAUUUUAACUGCAAACAACACCUAACCUCUGCAAGGAGUAAAGGUCCCACAAUUAUCCAUGCAAGUGCAUGCGAAUUGAAAUUCAAGCCACUGAUCAAUGGUGUGGUGUUGCAUGGCUAUCUUGAUUUAAUUGACCUGAGAUGCAAAGUUACCAAAGAUAUGAAGGAAUGCCUCUUUGUUCAGUGUUGCUUUUCAAUAUGAUCUCCUCUCUUUCAAUAACUAGAUGGCAAAAAAAUUAAGCCAUUUAAUAAUUUGGGCUGGCUCCUCAGAGCUUCUGACUAGUAAACUUCAGCAGCUUGACCAAAUGAAAAGUGAUUUUUAUCUCUCACCCUGGUUAAAACACAGUUUGAUGUAACAGCUAUUUAAGGGUCGUUCUUAAUUUUCCAGGGAGUCUUUUAAGUCUUUAAUUGGUCUAACUAAAUUUCUUAGGUGUUAGUUUUCUAGAAACUGUUAGAAACAUUAUUUUUUUCAAAUCAAAUCCCUAUAUUAAAUUUUUUAGGGCUGAAAUUUUCCUCUUUUGAAUUAUGCUAGUUGUUUAUGUUUUUAUUUACUAUAUUUCCUACUGUUAAUUCUGUCAUUGCUAGUUUGUCCACAUUAUGAUGUGUUCAUCUGUUAUGCUGGUCCUGACAAGUCAUUUGCUGAUGAGAUUCUUCACUAUCUGGAAAAAGGGCCCUACUACAUGAAAGUGUGCAUUGAUUAUCGAGAUUUCUUGCCUGGUGCCGAUCUCUUGGAAACUGCAGCCAAAGCUAUUGAGGAACGAUGCAAUAAAGUUCUACUCAUCCUAUCGGAAAACUUUCACAAAUGUGAAGUUGCAGACUUCCAGGCCAAAAUUGCAUUAAGCCUUUCUCCAGGUUUGUUUUUGAAACCAUUGCUGAUUUCCUGCUUUUGCUGUAUUUUUUUGCAGUGGUGGGGUCGGGGGAAGGAGUGUCUCUGAAAAGUUCGCAUUGACAAUGGACAAUCCUUGCUUUGCCUCUCCUUCCCAGAAUCCCUUGUCAGGCCUCCAUGUUAUUCUAUGGGUGAUUUUUUUUGUUUUGUUUUUUGGUGUUCAUAAAAUGGCACCUCCAAUAUUUGAUUUUUCCACAGUGUGUUUCAAUGUCGACCACCGAAUUUCCAGGAUUUUUCACCUUCUAAAAAGCCUGGUGACUGUAAUACUUUUAAGCAAAUGGAAAAAGUUUAACUUUAUAGUUUGAAUUUAGAGAUAGAGAGUAAGGGACUGACAUGAAAAUGGGGUAUUUUCUUCCUCCUUCCCCAUCAUUGUUUGGCCUAAUACCUGUCCGCUUUGUUAUUUUUACUCUCCCUCUACCAAUCUUUUCAGUUAAACCCAGGAAAUAUAGUGCACAGGUUAGGCUACAUUUUAUUGGUAAUAGCCAUGUAAUAAGUUGUUUUAUUGCAGAAAUCAGGUACAUGGCAUAGGCCUUUAGGCCACAAAAGUUUUGAAAAUUUUGCACAAGCAUUGUUUUCAAUUUCUCUUGGGAUGAUUGCAAGUCCCACAAGGAACUAAAAACAUUUAUUAUGCAAAAUUUUCGAGGGAAAGCACUGAGAAUUAUGGCAUUUAUGAAAAAGGCCCACUAAAAAAGGCACUUCUUUGAUCCAAGGUUUCACAGGGAGAGGGAUAAUGGAAUCAUGUUAUUUUACUAUUAAGUUGUAAGCAGGUUAAAUUGACUCUGAGUUGCAAAAAAGAAUGAUAGAAACAAGAUCACAAAAUCUUUAUCAAAAUAAAGUAGUAUAGUGUAUCUUAUUUUUAAAAUUAUUAUUAUGAAAAAAGUGUUAAAGUGUGACUUCUUGAACCGUGGCACUUAUUUGAAGAUUAUCCAAUCACAACGAAUUUUGAAAACAAAAGAUUCUCAAGUUUUUUGCAAACCGAUCAAUAACGUUGAUGAAUUUGAGGGCUGUUUCUUGAGAGGUCCAGUAGGUUCAAAUGGUUUCAAAGUUUUCAACGGUUGCAUAGUUGAACCUUGAAUUUUAUUGGUCCAUUGGCAAAAAAACUUAAGAAUGUUUUGUUUUCAAAAAACAUUGUGAUUUGAUAAUUGCUACCUCCAAGUGCCAAGUAGUCAUGCGGUAAAUCAUAUUUUUACCAGGUAACAAUUCACUGUAUUUCUUACUUAACAUCCUUUCAUAUUAUUUUCCCAGGGGCCAAAAAAAUGAUCCUAAUACCAAUUUUGUACAGACCCUGUCAAAUUCCUUCAACACUGCGAUUCAUCACAUAUCUGGACUACACAACAGAACAUGCUAGGAAAUACUUCUGGAACAAACUUUUAGCUUCUCUUGGUUACAAGAUUCUAUGAUGAACAAUAAAGGAAGAACUAAGAAGAAGUAAAACAGUGGAAGUAACAGGCAAUAUGUCUGAUGCAAAAUGAAGCUACAACUGCAUGCAAAAUCUUCUGUAUCUAAGAAGAGGCUAUUGCAACCAUGAGGGUGAACAUGUCAUUUUGUAAAUUCCCAAGACAUCUAGUUCAAUCAAGGACUUCAUUCUCGCUAAUUAGUCAAUUUUCUCUUUUGUUGUUUGGCACCCUGUGUAAGGGUCCGGCUUGGACAAAACCCCUACUCACAGGGUAGUUGUUUGGUUGUUUGCUCUAUAAAUUCUAAAUUUUAUUGAUUGGCAGAUUCCUAUUUUAACCCAUUCACUGCUUAAUUUUUCACCAGAAAUAAUAAUUAUUGCUAAAUUCGCAUCUGUCAGUUUUAAUUAGGGUAGAGCUGUUAAUGACAAUGAGUUAAUAUUGAAGGAACCUAUAAUAGGUCUACAUUUUUCCAAACAGAAACAGCUUCUCUAUUUUUUUUAUUUGUCCUCCUCGUACACCCUCUGCAUCAUGCUUUGCACUUGCGCUCUGUUUAUCAGGUUCCGUCAGUCUUUUAAUGAGGAAAUGGAAAGGCUCUGAACAGUCCAAAAUUUCAAAAAUAGCUUUCUUUUCUCCUUGUUCUCUCGGAUUCUCUUCUCUAUUUUUGUCCCUCUACCGGGCUUUUGGUAGCCUUCAUACCUGUAGUCAAAAGGUUUUUUGAGACCUUGAAACACAUAACAAUUUUUUAACAUAACAUUUUUAGCACAAUUUAUGCAGCAAUUUUACAUACCUGGCAUGUAUUUCUGGCUCAUCUAAUGGAAUAGCCCAGUUUCAAAUUCAUCGCGGCUGCUGAAUAUAUAUAGAAUAGAAGCAUUGAAUGCUCAUUUAUACAGGGUUAGCCUCGACCUAAGGUAAAUAUAUUCACAAUUUCCAUUGAGAAGAAGACCUGUGUACAACUGUGUCUAUUGUUUUGAACUCAAAUUCAGGCACCUUCUCGCCGGUAUUUGUGAAUAUUUUACUUUGCAUCAAGCUUGACCCUGUAUGAAUGAGUCUUCAGUGCUUCUAUUCAGCAGCCGCGAAGAAUUCGAAACUGGACUAUUGUUUGCUUUCGUGUUGUGCGUCAAUGUUAUCUGUGAAUGUCACAGGUGGUAGAGUGAUCAUGUUUCAUAGUUUCACACAGGCUUUUUUUUGCUUGUGAGUCAAGUGUGAAUAGUCGAGAAACCUUUAAUCGAAGUGUAUUAUUUUAAUUGGUAAGAUUUUCAUUAUCCCCCUCAAGUUCUUUCAAUAGUCAUUAAGUUGACUGAGCCCACAUCUCAUAGCUGUGUAGCCAAUGUACAAUCAGUGGAGGUAUUUUUGGAUCAGGUAUCAAGUAAGAGCAAUAAUUUUUUCUGUAAUUUGUCUCAAAGCACUGUUUGACAAAUUUUACAUUGUAUUUACCAAAGAAUGUCAAAAAAAAUUGUCACGUGACUGUAGAUCCAAGGACACCGCCUUAUUGUGCAUGGCUAACCAUUUUGGAUCAUUUAACCUUUUUAUACCUUGUAUAGUGUACAGACUUAAGAGUGUAUGUGCUUCUCCUGGUCCUUUUCAUUGCUAUGUCGUUAGCUACAGUCUGGGAUAUGCAUUUGAGUCAUUGAUGCCGCCUUGUGUGGUUGUUACUCCAAUAGUCUAUUUCCGAGCUGCCCAAGCCUCUUUUUCAAAGCGAGGCUAAGUGCGAAGCUAUUAAGAGAAAAUGUUUUUAUUCUCAUGCAAGUAAAACUCAUUGCUCUAAGACUUGUCUUGUGAAGGCGUGUGUGGCCAAGUGGUUUUAAACACCUCGAUCUCCGGAUCAUGAGGUCCAGGGUUUAAAAGCCUCGCCUGUCGCGUUGUUUCCUCAGACAAGGAACUUUACUCCACUUUGUCUCUCUUCACCCAGGUGUAUAAAUGGGUAGCGGCGACAUACUGCCUGGGGGGGGGGGGGGAGGUGGUAAACCUGCGAUGGACUAGCAUCCCUUCCAGGGGGGAGUAGCAAUACUCCUAGGUGCUUAAUGCUAUUGAAACCGGGAUGAGCUCCUGCCGUUUGGGCCUUUGUCUCGUGUGCUCCUUUACCUACCUGAAAUUACCUACCUUGUCUUGAAAUUGAGAGUUCUUGGAUCUUGGAAAUGGCUUAUCUUCUUCCCCUCAGCCAAAAGUAAGAUAAAAUUUUACUACUUGUCGAUAAUGAAAAAGGAAAUUUACGAGUUAAAUCAUGACCAUGGAGUUGUUAGUUGCUAUUAAUAGUAUUGUUGUACAGUAGAAUUUGUUAGUAGAAGUUGACAAUUUAUAUAUUUCAAGUUUGCUUAAGUUGUUAAUCUGUAAAUCAGACAUUCUUUUUUGACAAGUCACACCGUUUCCAAGUAAACAUCGUAAUACCUUACAGCAUGUUAUAUUAAUAUUGAUAUGAGAUAAUCUUUUGUAUCUCAAAAAAUGACAAGUAAAUUAAGGUAAUGUACACAAUAUACCAGAAACAGCUAAUGUUGUACUUUUAUUUUAUCCUUGGUGAACUUUUUUUUAUUACGGACGGGCCAUUAGAAAAAUUUUUGAGGGAGCUGGGAAUUUUUGAGCUGCUUGAAUUGUUUUUCGUUAACAUUUCCCUUGCAGGAAUUAUUUUUAGGCCAGUGCAGGAAUAUUUUUGAAAGCUACUCGGCACGCACGGAUUUUUUCAGAAGGUUUUCCCUUUCACGAAUAUUUUUUUGGAGGAAUAUGAGGAAGAGACUUGGUAUUUGUUAAGUAUAUUACAAUACGAUACAAUACAAUAUUCUUUAUUUAACGAAGGUGACGUAAUAACCUAAUGAGUUAUCUAACUUACGGCCUUGACAACAAUACAAAUACACAUAUAAAAACAAUGCCUAAUCAGUAAUAUACGACUACAACAAGAGAAAAAAAAGAACUAGACAAAUGUAUGGUUAACAUAGAAAUAAGAUGAUAUAAAGUAAUUACCUUCUAAUACGGUUACAAUAAAGAGAAAAACGACAAUCAUAACACAUUAAUUGUUCAAGAUGAGAAACGUUACUAUUAAAGGAUUCUUUGUGUGGUAAACAGGGGAAGAGUGUGUGCACGUGGUGGCAAAUGCGUAAUGAUUCUUAAAGCUUUCUUUUGGAGACGGAAAAGAGGUUGCAGAUGAGAUGAAUACGUAGACGCCCAUACAAUACAACAGCAUUGCAGAUACGGCAGCACUAAGGAGCUGUAUAAUAAGAGAAGAGUAUUAGUAAGAAAGAACUGUCGUGAUUUAAUAAUAAUUCCAAUGGAUUUAGCUACUUUGGAUGAAAUAGCUUUUACAUGAACCUGCCUUGAAAGGUUUUCGGGGAUGACAACACCUAAGAACUUAGUGCAUUCUACUCUUUUAGUUUUGUUCCCGUCAAUACUUAUAUAAAUAUUAUCGAGGUUGAUUUUCUUUCUGGGAGGAUGAAAUGAUGUAAAUUUUGUUUUAUCAGGAUAGUUCACGAUUUACACUUUCUGCUAAAUCACAGAUAUUCUUAUGCUGGAAGAACAUGUUUAGGAUGGAAGAGAGAUGUUUAGACCACGAGAAUAUGUCGUAUACAUAUACUAGUGGCCCUAGUAGAGACCCUUGAGGAACACCGCAUUGAAUUGGUAACAUUUGAGAUUUGUACAUACUGAAGGCGAGGAUUAAGAACGAUUUUCUUCUUCAAACCCAAACAUCAACACAACGAAUGUCAAAGAUUUUAAGUCUGUGAACGCUAAGAAACUCCACAACAGGUUUAUUAGAGCUGUGUUCAAAUGGAAUUAAACACUUGCUUCAGUAGCACUCACAAAAUUAUAAAACAUUUCACUUCGUUUCUGAUCGGGUGCUACCUUGUGGCGGGGGCCUGGGAACUGCUAACAAACAUCAAACAAAUAUUAUCCAUGUAACCACUAAGUCGAGAUCCCUUGUCAGAAAUAGGUAGCUUCCUAACUAUGGUGGACAAGAAAACGCAUUGUGCCACAAGAUAAAAAUAUUUAUUACGUUUCAAGAUUCUUUCAUUUUAAUUUGUUGUCUUUCUUAAGCCUUUUAAAACAGGAAUUAGUUCGUUUGCAUUUUGCGACCUCGAAAAGUUUAAAGAUUACUCACAGGUUUUUUCCAUCGGCACGUACUUCAAAAAGUGACAAUAUUUUUUCCCUUUUGAUUUCGCUUUAUUUACACUGCUGAUCCUGUACAGCUUCGUGAGGAUUUUGCGAUAACGUAUUACUAGUCUAAUCAUUUCUCUCGUAUUACCCUUAAUUCACUUCAUUCCAAAGGUUUAGAAAAGAGACACAGUAUUCUUAAGUAGGUGUGUGAAAAGGGUGCCAUGUUUUAAAUGGGAGGUAUGGCAAAAGGGUACAUUUUUUGUCAAAACUGGUAUAUAGGACUGUAAGGGACAUCGGGCGGAAUCUCCUGGUACGAGAGAACUUUGUUAAGUCUUCUCUCCCCCCCCCCCCCCCCCCCCCCCCCCCCCCACCCCCCACAAACAGAAAAAAAAAACACCCCCAGUGUGUGGUAAAAAAAAAAGGGGGUUUUUCACUCAAAAAAAAAAGAAACAUGUGUCCCACCGAAACACAAACCAUCACCCGGGGAGACAAUAAGAUUUUUCAUUUUUUUCAAACAACGAAAAAAAGAAAAACAGCCGACGAAGCAAGCGAUAAAGAAAGAUCGAUCGCGUCGAAGAGCGAGUGUGAGUGUAUAGAUACAAAUCGAGGCGAAGAGAUGUGAACAGAAAAAAACAGCGAGAGGGGGUUGGGGUAGGGUGCGUUCCCUCCUCUCUUCAUCCCUUUUUUUUUCCCGCCAUCUUACUUCGGGCCGAACUUCAUAUCUCUUGGCACCGUCCCCACGAUCUAAACGCCUGGAACAGGCUAACGCUCUUUAGUAAAAUCCAACUAGUACUACUCCUGAGAAUUCUUGAUGGGGGUGUGCGCUCGGUUCUCCAAAUCCUGACCCGAUUUCAGACCAAAAAAUGUAAUUUUCUACCCCCUUUUACAAACUAGAUCUCUAAAAUCUAUACCCGUUUUCAGACCUGGCCAUAAGGCAGAAAUUAUGUUAUCAUUAGUUAGAUUUAAUAGAGCGCAAACAAAAAUAUUAUUCAAAUCCAUUCUAGCCUGCGUAGCAAGCGUUUCCAAUCGAGUUAUUGCGCGAAAGUUAGAGCGGAAGCAAAAAAAGGUUUUUUUUUUUUAGCUCUUGUCCCAGCUUUCUAGACGAACCUCGAGAGGAAACGCCUGCUACGCAGGCUAAUCUAUCUCGAAUUCGCAUAUUUUUCUUUCUCUCUUACUCAUUUGGAAUUGAAAUGAUAAAGACGUUCAUACAAUCCCGUAGUUCCUUCAAAAACCAUAGCCGAUUCCAGACCAAGAUGGGCGAAGUGCAUAAAGGAACGCUUUCAUGAAAGGAGGAGGGAAUAGUAGUGGGCAGUGGCUGGGGAAAUUUUGGGUAGUCUUACACCAAGUAGUACCCAAUCAAAGAGGAAGUUUUCCAAGCUUCAGGCCAUUGCACGCCAUAGCUCUAGUACUUCCUGAAUGAUUCUACAGGGAAUUCUGUCUUUUCCCCUCUUACUUAGCUUUAAGGUAAGCGUAUAUUAAUAGUAAAUGACCCUCUAGACUUAUUUUGUGUUUACGUUCGGAUAGACGAUCACAAAUAUCCACCUAGAGUGUAAUAAUUAGCACAAUAGCCAUGAUUAAGGAAUUCAGGGUAAUCCGUUUACGUUUUUGUGCUUGACGACGAUUCUGCUCCUUCGAUGCUCAAUUUCGUGGGUUUUUUGUAUGCCAUAUACAUGUAAACCAUAACUUACGUUGGAAGAGGGGGACAUUGAGGGACUGUCAACACGGCAACACCGCAAAAAAAUUAAAUUAAUCUAAGUAGAGACUGACCACAAGAUUCUAAGAACUUUAUUUCAGUCAUGCAGAUACAUGUGUAAUUAAAGAAUGCAUGGUGGCAUGUUACGAACUUACCAACUAGAAUUUGUUUUAAUGAUAGUGGUUUAGGAUCCCCGCCCUUUUUCCUUCUACAUAAAAAAGGCGAUACAUCCGGUUAUGCACUCCGUUGUAGGCUCAAUGACCUUGGUGAUGAAGCCAUUGACAAUGCGUUUACAGGUUGAACUGACCAUUAAAAACAUAAAGUGUAAAGGGUGUUUUUAAUUCUUGUCUUCAAUGUUCUUAUUCAUAACUACAGUCAGAUAAUAAAUGGCAACACUGGCAAAGGGUCUGCAAGUUGUUUCAUAAAAUUAGAAACACUGUACGUACACCGUAUGGUUUGAGAUCACCGCAACACCGCAUUAGAGGGGAUUUUAUUCACCACAACACCGCAGAAAAAAAUAAGCAACACAGCAAAUCCCCAUGUCCCCCUUUUGGAAGAAGUAUUGGUUUAUUCAAAAUAAUUUCCUACAUUUUUGGGGCAAACUGCAUGAUAUAAGGACAAGUUACUUGUCAUUUUUCCACAGUUUACAGGAUUCAACUUUGGAUCACGAAGGACAACAAUGUUUCUGAAAAAAGCAGGGUCACUAGAAAGAACGGCCUUUGUUCACAGCUCAAUGCAGCAGAUAAAUACGACACUAUGGGUCCUUUGAAAUUGCUUAGACACCUGGUAGUUAUUUUAUUAUUAUUAUUUUUUUUUUACCUAAAAGGUAAAGCAAAACUAUUUUUUCUCGAGCAACACUUUCCAAUUUAUAAAAAAAGCUUGAACAUGAGCUACCGUAAAUGAACUUAAGUGUCGGCAUUCAGUCUUUUCAUUGAGAGCAGGUGCAAUUUUAAUAUCAAAACUUUAAAGACAUCUUUGACCGAGCAAGGUUUUUUUCUUUUUUCUUUUCAAUGGUUACUGUGCUUGAUCUGAAUAAGAUAAUGAAAUUUUUAAAAUUAGGGGAAUACUAUAUUUAAAAGAAGAGAACUUUGAUUCAAGUGUUAGUUGGAAAAAAUACUGAUUAUAUUUUUUUAGUACAUAAAGGUUAAAAAAAGUGAUGCAUAUAGUCUAAAGUGCUACAAAGGAGUAGAAACCCAGAUCUUUCCAUUAAUAAAUUUUAUUGACACUGUCAGGGACAUAUGCUUUCCUGGGGUACACAUGUACAUUUGUUCAUCAAAAUAUUUGUUUGUAAGGCUGCACUUUGCUUGAUUCAGGAUCAAUCAAUCUUUUCUGAAGAGAAAUGAAAAGUAAAGUAUGUUAACAUGUCAGAUACUUCAACACUACCUUAGCUAACAACUAAGAAGAAACUGAACUUCAUAUCAAAAAACAAAGUGAAAACUACUUUACGGUGAAACGACAACCCCUUCAAAUAUAUAUCAUCGAUAUAUAUCAUCGAUGUUAUCGAUGUCAUCUAGGGACUCUCCAUACGAAGAAAGACUGGCGAUGCUUGGGUCGUCCCUUCUUCAAUCUAGGAGGUCUUAUCUAUCUUUGCUAGAGUGCUACAAGACUACUCAUGGUCUUAAUGGCCUCAACUGUAAUGAUUAUUUUGAAUUUAAUUAUUAAAUUCAAAAUAAUCAUUACAGUUGAGGCCAUUAAGACCAUGAGUAGUCUUGCAGCACUCUAGCAGAGCUGAAUAAAAACUGGACCAAAAAAAAACAAGAUCAAACCAUUCAUUUAACAAUUCAUUUAGCUAGAUUAAAUUGUUUUUGCACUCAUUCUUUAUUAGAAUUAUUGAACAGUCAGGAAACGCUCUUCCUGAAGAGAUAGUGCACAAACAGAAUUUCAGCACAUUUCGAAGUAAACAUAGAAAGUAUUGUAAAAUUUUGUAAAUUUUUUAGCCAUUUCUUAAUUAGUCUUCAAUUUUACAUUGUACUAUAUUUAUUUUAUAUUUUAUGGUGGGAGCGUCCUUGAUAGGGGUAACCUCUGAUGUUUCCUUUUAUGUAUCCUUACAGAAUAAAAUAUCUUAACUUUACCUCUCCUAGACUAAGUUUGGGAAAAUCUGGUUUUUUCUUUCUCCUUCCUUGCUUGGACAUUGACUUCAUAAACUCUUGGUUAGGUAGGAGUAGUUGAUAGGGUUCUCAGGCAAGUUUGGUCACUAAGCAUUCAAUAUGACUGCGACCAAAUGUAACAAAGAUUCAGGUGAUGCGGAGAUGUCUCUCAGCUGGCAUAACAAAAGGUGUGAAGUUCAAGAAAAGUCAAGGAUUUAGUAAAUUAAAUGAAAUUUUGUUGUUACUGGAGUCUGUUCUGCAGAAGUUAGAAGAAGGGACGUAGAAAAACUGCACAGCUUGAGGUCUCCGGUUUUUGCCAGGAAAGAACGACCAACCUGAUUUUUUUGUUUGUUUUUGAAUGAAAUUUGCAUUUGCUUCCAUUAUUAUAAAGCAGUUGAACAACAGAUUUACUAUACAUAGAAUGGCAAUUCUUUGUCUUAAAAAUUGUACCACUCCCCUCAUGAAUUGUGUACAUUUUCAGAAUUGUCUCCCCUCCCCCCAAAUAAAGCCUCUUCAAAAAUUGUACGGGCCCCCCCCCAUCCAUAACAUUUAUUUUGUUACAGUACUGUACUUAUUAGCUAUAUGUACAUUACUUUGGUUACUGUACUGUUACGCACUCUUUGACAGUUUUUUUUUACACACUCUUGGUCACUUGUUCUCUUAAUUGAAAGGAUGGAGAAAGGGAAAUUCAAGAAAGUGAAGCGUGAGAGGGCAUCAUUUUUCAAAAGAAGAAAGCAAACUACAAGACAAGAUGCAAGGAAUGGGGAAGAUAAAAAAGCCAAUCCACAGCAUAAAGAAAUGGUUGAAAGUGACAAAGAUUAUUUGCCUGAUCUCAGCUGGCAUAACAAAAGGUGUGAAGUUCAAGAAAAGUCAACGAAUUAGUAAAUUAAAUGAAAUUUUGUUGUUACUGCAGUCUGUUCGGCAAAAGUCAGAAGAAGGGAGACAGAAAAACUGCACAGCUUGAGGUCUCCGAUUUUUUGCCAGGAAAGAACCACCAGCCUGAUUUUUUUGUUUGAAUGAAAUUUGGAUUUGCUUCAAUUAUUAUAAAGCAGUUGAACAACAGAUUUACUAUACAUAGAAUGGCAAUUCUUUGUCUUAAAAAUUGUACCACUCCCCUCAUGAAUUGUGUACAUUUUCAGAAUUGUCUCCCCUCCCCCCAAAUAAAGCCUCUUCAAAAAUUGUACGCCCCCCCUCCAUAACAUUUAUUUUGUUACAGUACAGUACUUAUUAAGUACAUGUACGUUACUUUGGUUACUGUACUGUAACGCACUCUUUGACAGUUUUUUUACACACUCUUGGUCACUUGUUUUCUUAAUUGAAAGGAUGGAGAAAGGGAAAGUUAAGAAAGUGAAGCGUAAGGUGGCAUCACUUUUCAGAAGAAGAAAGCAAACUACAAGACAAGAUCCAAAGAAUGGUGAAGAUGAAAAAGCUGAUACACUGCGUAAAGAAAUGGUUGAGAGUGACAAAGAUUAUUUGCCUGAUGAAAUUCAUGCAGAAGGACAGAACACAGACUCCCUUGAGGAGAAUUCACAAGCAAAAUUAGGUUAGAACAUGUUUGAAUAUUAAAUACAUGUAUUUACUCUUGACAUUUGUAGCUCUUACAAUCUAACUUUGCUGUUUGUUUUUUGUUUUUACAAAGUUGAAUCCUUUCCGAGAGAUGAAAAGCUGUUAAAGGAUUUACCUUCUGAAGGUUACCAGAAGUUGGUGGAGCACUUACAACCAUUAUCAGCCACUGGAAGAGAUUAUAGGUCAUUAGCAGACAGAAUGGGAUACUCAAAUCAGUACAUUCAGUGGCUUGGAAGUACAGAUGAUCCUGUUAUGAACUUAUUAAGAAAAUUCCGGGAAAAUGACCGGAAAAUUUCAGAGAUGACAUCGUUGCUAAAAGAGAUGGAACGGUAUGACGUGCUAGAGGAACUUCAGCCAUAUAUAGGUCAGUGAGAUGUAGCCUGAAAACUUGAAAUGGACUUAUUUUAUGAAGGCUGGCCAUAUUUGAGAUAGGCCAAGAGAAUUUGACAAUCAUCAAUGAUCAUAUUAUUAAGGCCUUUGCAAUGGUGGGGAGGAGGGUAUGCUCUCACUUUGUCGUCAUUGCUGAAACCACCUGUUGUUGCCUUGUAGGUAAAGAAAAAUGUUGCUGUUGCAUUUUAGCUGGGGAAUGAUGGAAGAGAGAUCAUUUUUUCUCUUCCCAAACAGCCAAAUUAUAAAAAGGAUCAGAUGUCACUUUUACUACUUAAAAAAAGAUUGUCGCGUUCAGAAUUCUUUCCUCCUUUCCUGUCCUGUUAGUGCUUUCUGUUGCCAGUUUUCUGGGCCAUGUUCCCUGUCACUUCCAGCCCUUAGAAGGCCUCAUUAUCUGAUUGUCUUGUUUUAAUAUUUUAAUGUUUCAUUGAACCUUUAGAUGCAACUCGUACUCAAGCCCAAACAGUCGAAAAACAACAAAUACUUGGUGUGUACAACAAUGUUCAUGGAUUUGUUUAGUUAUUUACAUGAAGCUUUCCUCAUUUGCUUUUGAGUGUUUGAUCCUUAACACUGUCUUUUAGUUUCAGAAAUAUAUAAUAUCCUGGGAGGGGGGGGGAUGGUUACUCGGGUCAACUUUUGCUGGGUAUGUGCUGCUCGCCUCUCAGAGGCCCUACCCCACUAUUGUCUAUUCUGUGCCCAAUUAUAGACCCAUUUUAGGCAAAUAUGUAAUUUUUGUGAUCUCAUCUUAGUCACUUUCUAUUUAUGUAUCCACCUUAUAUUGAAUGAAAAACACUCUACUUUUCAGCAACAGUACAAACAUUCUGGUGUGUUUGCUAACUGCUAAUAGGAAGACCUUUCUUACCCCCAAAAUCAGAAAAUGUGCAACCCCAUUCUAGUAACUUUAUUGAAAAUACAACCCCAUUCAAUCCAGAUGUGAAAAUGCGACCCCAUUCAAUGGCACAUCCCCAUUAACCUAAUACAAGGAAGUACCCUCCCUGGGAUAUACAUUACUAUUUUAUACGUUAGUGAAAGUACCCCAGAUGCCAGAGGGUUUUCUCUAAAAUAUGUGAAUUUACACUGUAAUAUGUUGCAUGGCAAAGCCAUAGGUAUGAUUGGUCAGGCUGAGACAUCAAGGUGCAGUGAGUCUUCUCAAUCUCAUUGUGCAUAACUUGAAGAUGGAGUAGUGUGAAAAGAAAAAAAAACACUCAAAAUUGUGACCAAUGUUUGAACAAUUUCAUUUUCCAAGCACUUGGUAAUCACCUUUUUUCAAUAAGUGAAUAAGAUUUAUUUAUGUACCAAGUAUCAUACUUAGUGCGCGUUGGAUAUGAGAUGGUAGAUAGCCAAUGAGAUGCCUAGCGUUGAGUUGACUAUAAUCAUGUCAUAUCCAACAAGCGCAAGUGGAAUAAUUGUUUUAUUAAAAAUGCCCACAAAAUAUUAAAAAUUCUUCCUAACUUUAUUUGUUGAAACAACCGAUUUUCAGCUUGUACUUAAUUUUGAACAGAUGCGUACAUCAUAUUUGGAGAGCAUGGUAUAAUGGCUCAUAUACCAUGAUGGCCAAACCAAUCAGAGCUCUAGAAUUGCAUUAUCCAAUGAUUUCUGAAGUUUUUAAUGAAUUAUAUUAUUGAAAACAAGAAAAAAGGAAAAGUGAACCACUAUAAUUGAACGUUAAACUAUAUUUUAGUAUUAUUGCACACUGAAGAAAAUGGUCUGCAGGUAAAAACAGUCAGGUUUGAUGGUCUUGUCCUGUUAUAUUCUUUCUGUUAUUGGUUGUUGCACAUGUAUGAUGUACUUACAGACUUUCUCCCAUGUCUUUUGCCUUUUUUUCUUAUAGAAAAGAAUGAGGAUUUAAGAACUAGUAAGUGUGUUCAUUAUACAUUACUGACAAUGAAAACAGUUGUUUUAGUUUUAGUUCAUUUACAUACAUUUUUACUGGAUUUCUUUUAAACCUAUUCCAAAAUGGCAGCGAUGCCACUUUUCUUAAUAUUGAUAUUAGUGAUAGCCCGCUUUUUUGGGAUUGUAUCUGCAAAAUUCAGAAGAAGUUUUACUUAGAAAUGAGGCAUUAAGAGCGAAUUAUCAUAGCAGCAGAAGAGUCACAAACUUGUUGCCUUUUUGCAAUUAGAUGUGUACAUGUAGAUGUCUUUGAGAGCAUUUUUGAUUGAAAUUAAUCAGAAAAAAAAUUAGAGUUGAAAAAAGGGAGAAAGCAACUAAAUUAGGGUUUUACACAGUCUUGAAAAGUCCUGAAAUUUUAGGGGAAGUCCUUAAGACGUCCUUAAAUUCCAUUUUUCCUUGAAGAGUCCUUAAAUUUCAGUGCGAGUCCUUGGAAAGUUUUUGCAUUUUCUUCAACUUUGAAUGUCAUGGCCUGGAAAGUGUUUUUUGAAAUGACAGACAGAAUAUAUAUCAUAGCUCAGAGCAGUUAAAGAUGAUUUACAUGAAGCGUUUUUUGCUUAUGCAAGAAUCAACUAUCAAUAAAUAUUUAAGACAAGUGAACUGAAAAAUGUAGAGGAGUUGGUGAGGCAAACAGCUCAAGCCUUAAAAUCCUGUUAGAAUGGACAGGAAAUGUGUAUUUUUGUACAAUCUGUGAAAUUACAUUCGUGGUAGGUAGUCCAUGAAAUCUAAUGUGGGCCUUGAAAAGUCCUUGAAAAUGGUUGCAAUUUUUUGUAUGAAACUUGUAAUGGUGAUUAACUGUUGACAAUACCUUCGGUCUAAACUUGAUCAGCAUCAUAGUCACAUUUUACCUUUUAUCGAAUAUUUUCCAUCAUGGGACAAAUCAUGGGAUGGUUAUCACACUGUUUUCCUGAGAGGUAUUUUCUUGCUGAACUUAGUGAUAUAUUUGUGUAUAUUUUCUUGCUUUACUUGGCUCAUUGCACAUAUAAUCUGUUUUCAUGUGUUUUAUGUUGCAGAGUGGGAUUGGUAUCAUGCAUUUGUGUGUUCUGCCAAGAAGGACCGUGCUUUUGUUGAAAAACUUGUCAAAAAAAUGGAGAACUCGCCUUAUAAUUUAAGGCUUUGUUUUAGUGAGCGUGACUUCCUUGGUGGUGGCUAUCACCUUGAAACUACUGCAGUAGCCAUCGAGAAACGAUGCAAAAAGUUUAUAGCUGUGCUGUCAAGCAAUUUUGAUGACAGUGAAGGAGCAACGUUUGAAUCCCACAUUGCAAUGAGCCUGUCUGCAAGUUAGUAACAAUUGUUUGUUUUUAUCUUGAACCAUCUCUCCUCAUUAACCCUUCAAACCUCAGUAUCCACAUAUGAAUUACUCAAACUUAUCUCCAUCCAUCCUUUAUUAGUUGAGAGAAUUUGAUUAAGGAUCAGAUCAUUUUCCUGUUGUCAUCAUUUCAUUUAUUCUCAUAACCUUUUUAACUGAUGGUGAAUUGAUUUUGUUGGGAGAAAAUUGAUUUUGGUCACUCUUGCAGAGAUUUAAAUGGUUUAAGCACAGUACAAGUUUUAUUGUAUUCCACUCUUUUUACAUGAUAAGUCUUUUUUAUAAGAAUAUAGAUGCUGAAAUUGGCGAAAUGUUAAGAAUGUGUUGAGAGUAUUCUCAAGGCUGUUAAAAACAUGUUGGUGGAAAAUAAAAUGCACAAAAAUCGCAACGUUUUAAAUGAACUUUAUUGAACCGUUGAAGAGUAGAUUAGUUUCUUUCCAUUUCCUGCUAAAAUGUGCCUCAAGACGAUAAAAAUUGGUACUACCAAUUAUUAAGCACUUGUGUUAUUUAACCCGAUACACGAGCCAUAAAUACAGUACUCUCUAAUCUCAGGGUCAUGUAAGAGUGUACACAUUCAAGGAUAUUUUUAACCUAACGUUGGCAGAAAAAUAAGAAUAUCCAGCAUGAGCGUGAAAAACACGUUCUGAUAUUUUAAAAAGACUGUAUAUAAAUCAGUAUAUAAAAUGAACAAAAACACCUGCAAAAACAUCUACGUAUAUAGCUUGACUAUCCUAGGAGUGCUCAGGGCAUAAAAAUAUACAAAGUGAAAUAAGUUAACUUAACUUCCAUCUUUUACAUUUGUAAAUCGGUAUAUGAAAAUCAAUUCUUCAUGUACCUGUAGCAUUAAUGUCAAGAGAUGUUGCUAAUAUUUACUCUUCAUAGUAUUUUGCUCCUCUUUUAAAUAUUGAGUGGCGGUUAUGUAAGCGAAAUGCCUCUUACCAAAACCGCUAAGAUGGCUAUUGCCGCUUAUUUUACAGGUGAAAAAAGAGAACGCUACAUCCCUGUUCUCAUAGAAGACAGCUACAGACACAGGAUACCGAAGACAAUAAAACAUCUCUAUCAUCUUGAUUAUACCCGGAUAGACGAGUCAAUCUUUUGGAACAGAUUAGCAGACUGUCUGACUACAUAG